AUGCAGAUCCUCUUCACUUCGGCUUCAUCGCCAACUGCUCUUGCACUGGCAAGAGUGUUGGCUGCAGAGGGCCAUAUCGUCCAUGCUGCCGAUGAAGAACAUAUCUGGGGAACAGCACCAGCCCGAUACUCCCGUGCUUACCGACGCUUCUAUCGCCUGUCUGAGACAUGGAGCGCAGCUGCACUGUGGAAAGCGAUCGGACAAAACAUCGACUUGAUCAUUCCCUUCGGUCCCUUACCUGGACACUUCGUCGAAAGCUUGAGAGCAAGAGGAGCCAACAUUGUCGGCGAGACCCUUACACAAGACCACUUCGAAUUCCAGGACUUCGUGCGUGAUAAUAUAGUCAAUGCCUCCGCCGCAAACCCCAGUAUCGUCCAGGUGCCCGCGACGUUCAUGGUACACUCGCGCACUUGUAUUGCGGAAAUACUGAGCAACCGCGAAUCGACGUUCUCAUUACAGCCUCUACCAUGCUACGAUACCGACGACGAAGACACGCUCGUAGACGUUGAACACGCAAUUGCAUCGUCCGCAUCGGUGCCUAUCCAGCCUUUCGCUCCUCUCGUGCUCUCUUGCUCCACCUUGAACGAUCGCACUGUCGAAGCAAUUAAGCGCCUCCCAAUGUCCGACACGAAGCCUUAUCGACUCAUCGAAGUAGCCGAGGGCGGCUCGUUCUACUCUGCGCACGCCUUCGUCCACGCCAGCCAAAUACGCUCCUUCGUUGUCACCAACUCCAAAGCUACAGAUAGGGACUUCGUCAUCGUGGGCACUGGCGAGCCUUUAUACGAUCUACUAUACCAGUUCACCAAGAGACUAGUAGAGACGUUAGAAGGAUGGCAGACCGUUGUUGCGAACCAUCUAAGUCUGACGUUCCACUUGCAGGACAAGGUCACAUACGCAGACUUCGUAAGGAAAGUCACGGUCGUCAGUUGUUACAACGAGCCGCACGCAAGCCUUGUACUACUUGCCACAGUACCAGAAUUGAGGAAGAAGCUUGCCCUUGCGUAUACAGCACCAACUUUGGAAGGGGAGGAUAGCGCACCCGUACAAUUUCCACCGAAGGGACGCGUUUCGAAAGCGUUGUAUUCCGCACCUCUCGCCUUUUACGGGUUGACGCGAAUACUGGUCGAGUUCAGACCCUGGCGACGGAUAUGGUGGACUGCACUAGCUCGCAUGACCAUGAUGUGUUGGGUGUGGGUGAUAAACUUCAAGGAAGAGAUGUGGGAGACUAGUGAUCCGGGGCCAGCGUUGUGUUUCUGGACCAUCACGAUUAUCGAUAGUUUCAUCAAGAGUGUUGGGCAGGCCACACGCAUCAACUGGGCCGCUACGCACAUUGCAUAUAUACGCUCGAAAGCUUUUGCUUCGUAUCGAAUGGCGGCGACAGUCUUUGCGUUGGUGUUACAUAUCAGGGCAUGGUGGUUCGCCAUUCUGUUGUAUCCUUGGUACCGGAAGGCUCAACGUUAA